UACAGACGAAGACAAGAGCGAGACAGAAAACGAAGUCGAAAACUUGGAAUCGCUAAAGUGGAAACCGUGAUCGGCCGACGCGGCGAGCGCGAGCGAUUCGUCGAGAAUUCGGCGCCGCGCCGACGCCGGCGGAAUUUGGAGCGUGCGGCGCCGCGACCGGUGUCGCCACCGCCACCAUGUGCUGCGAAGACUGCGGCGCCGUGCUGCAGCUUCUCGAGUCGUACGAGCAGCAGGUGCGACUGAAUGGCGCCAACGAGAGGCCCGUGCUGGCCCCGAGACAGGUCGAAGUUCUCGCAGCCUUCGUGCACGCGUGGCCACAGAGACAAUGCGUGUGCGUGUUGCGUGCUGCCAAUUUUGAGCGCUUCAACCUGGUGCUGCAAAGCGUCAUCUGCGCCUCAGUACUGCAACUCAAGGCCCUCAAGGCUGAGGGCAUGGCUGCCACCCCUCCUGAGGCAGCCCCUAACGGAUGGAAUCUUGAGAGGCGACUGCAGCUGCUGGGGUUGCUUGCCAAGAUGUUCACGCCCAACUUUCCUCUCUAUCUUGCCUACAAGCACCAUGGACACCCUAAGGUGGAAGAAAUGUGCGAGCAGGAGGCUUCAACUUUGAGUUCGUUCUGCGAACUGGCCGACGGACCCAUGGGUGCUGAAGGUGCUCCUCUCUGGCUGCUUCGUUAUGUCUGUCUCUUUUGCAAAAGUGGUGGACUCUUUGCAGCCGCAGAACUGUUCGAAGAGGGUGUCCGAUUGGAGGUGGGCGUGGCGCAGGCAGUGGUGGCCGUAGUUUGCAAUGUGAAGCAGUGGCUGAACGGCCGUUCGGUGGCUCAGCUUUUGGUGCCCUUGCGGUCACGAGUCCUCCGUUUCCUCUGCCGUCUCCCUGACCGUGAACUCCGACUGCCACCGGCCAAAGCCCUUGCCGAGCUUGUCUGGGCACUUUCGUCACCUCCCUCUGCACCGCCACAGCUUGAUCGAGAUGGUCUCGAGUUGGCCUUUAAGUACUUCAGCAGCUCCACCCUGACCAUGCGUUUGGCUGGCCUUGCCCAUCUCAACCUUCACUUGAAUCUUUGCACCGAGCUGGCCGGAGCCGACGCUGCUGCGGAUCACUGUGCACGUGCCCUCGCCGACUGGCUCGUCGAGCGUGAUGUUGUUGCCCACAUUUUUGGACCAAAUCUACAUGUAGAGGUGAUAAAGCAGAGCCAGUUGGUAUUGAGCUUUCUGGCGAUGGAGGGGCGGUUGACAAAUGAGCAUGUGGACACAGUGUGGGCAGCAGCACAGCAGAAACACUGUGCUCGCCAAGUGCACGACCUGCUGCCACCGCUGAUCAAACAUCUGGAGGCGCGACCUGUUCUGCACCUCUACCGCCUCCUAUGUCGAUUAGAACCCAAAGAGCACACUGAGCAGAGCCUCUUCUUGGCUGCUGCACUAAUUAAGUUCAUUUGGAGCUCAAGUAGCUCCGAAGCUCUCCUUAAAGCGCUUCCGACACGACCACACUCGGCUUCUUCUGAAGAGAACAGUGUCAGUAUGGAUGAAGAAGAGGAUGAGUCGGAAGAUGGCCGGAAAACGGCCAGCACAGCUAGUGAUAAGCGGCCGCCCUCUGAAAGCUCUGCAGCCAGCAGUGGCCGUCCUGCCUCGCGCCAUCCUGCUCUUCUCAGGCCCCGUCCUAGUCCUCCAGACUCUGAGGAUGACGAACACCACCAGCAUGAUAAAAUGGUUGCUCAGUUCAUGAUGGUCGAUGAUGACGAUGACGAACGCUCGCAGGCGAGCAGUAGUAACGGUGGUUGUUUACGAGGCAUGCUGGGCGCUGAGGCAAUAGUGGUGAGUGCGGAUGCAGGCCCUGGAGUGGAUUUAGCGGGAACGGCUGGUUCCGAAGAAGAGGAUGAUGACGAAGAAGAGGGAAGCUACUCUUCCCGAAUGAGCACCAAGUCUGAGAAAAACAUGGCUGAUUUUGAGGGUGAGGAGUCUGCAUGUGAAGAAGAAGAAUUGUCACAGCUAGCCGCCUCUGCUGCCCCCGACGGUCCUCGGCUGCUGCAGCAGCUUUUCCAGCCACCACUGCACCGGCUGGAUACUUCGGCUGUGUUUGCGGCGCAGUUUCGUGCUGAAGAUGUGUGUGCAAGAGGCAAUACUUUGUUGUGGGACCUUUUGCAGGACGAAACUAUUGAGCAGCUUGGUGAUGGACUUGCCCUUGAGGCUGAAAAAUCAUUGGCAAACCUUUUGUGUUACAACACUGACAAGUACAUUCGGCUUAAGUUCAUUGAAGGUUGCCUGGAAAACCUCAAAAGAAACAGGUGUGUGGUUGUGUCACUUCGACUCUUGCCAAAGCUUUUGCAGUCCUUGCAAACUGGAGGUGGAAGAGCAGGCAGUGCUGAAGUUCAACAAACUUCAAUGUGGGCUGAGCAUGAGCAUCAAAUGAUGUCCCAUUUUUUUGCCAGUUUAGAAGCACUUAAGCGUGAUGGUCCUCGGCAUCCUAACCUUUUUCCCCUCCAGCUUGAGCUGCAGGUUCGACUUAACUUCCUAACCUCCAUUUACGCCACCCCUGUCACUCCUGACAACUUCAGGCUCACCCUUGAUCAGGUGGAUAUUUUGUGGAAUUGUCUGUCUGAUGAGGGUCGUUGUUCAGACGAGUUGGCCGCCUGGCUGCUAAGCCAAGCACGCAGUACUGGCGGUCAUGGCCCUCCAGAGUUGCACGCCCUUUCUCUGGAUGCUUUGCGACACUUGUACCUUCAAAAGCUGCCAAGUGUUAGGCCUGAAAGCAUCAGCAUGGUUGGCCUGUCGCUUUUCCAGCAGCUCUGCAACCUUGCCCGCCUUGCUCAGUCGACUGCUCUCCGAGGUGUAGAUGCCGUAGGAAUGCAACAUUUGUGGAAGGUAGCGCUCAAGGCCAAGAACACAGAUGUAAGCAUGGCGGCAAUUCAGUACUUGAAUAGCUUCUAUGUGGGCCGGCAGCUAGAGCAAGAAGCCGAGUUCGUUGAGCAAUGCAUGGCGCAAUUGCAGAUGGCUACUGCCGAGUUGCCGGCCAACCUGGAACUCAGUCUCACUUACAUUCAACGCGCAAUCCUGUUGCUUAGAACACAUCUUGAGAUUUUCAGGAGAAGGUACGCUUAUCAUCUUCGGCGGUGGUAUUUAGAAGGGCAAGGAGUGGUUUCUCACAUGGUCCAUGUGGGCGAAGGUUCUGCUCUCCGGGUUGUGGUGCAGCCUGCUGGAGUGCCAGAUAAGGCAACUCUGGAGUUGCAGACGACUGACCUGGUGGCUGAACUGCGUGCAGAGGUGGCGCAUUGGUACGAAGGGCUACAGGCGCGCUCUCUCCUUGCGCCCGCUGCACCACAGAGCACCCCUGUGUUGGGCUCGCUUCUCGCAGAUGGACCGAUCCGCAUCAUCACCCAGGGCCAGGAGCUAAACACUGAUUUUGAUGAGAAAACUCUGCAUGAAAUGGGCUUUAAGGAUAACCAACUCAUAUUUAUUUCAAUGGGGGCUGCAAGGCCCAACAAAAAGAGGGACGAGGCAGCCUCGCUUCUGCCUCCGCCACCAAGAGACUCGCUUCCUACAUUGUUACUCCUUCAGCCCCGUUAUUUUGAUCAGCUAUUUCAGCUUCUUCACACUCUUUCUGCACUUCAACCACCAGAUGCUAAUAUGAAGGCUCAAGUCUUGUCUAGAAGAGUUUGGGAGAUUCUCACACUCCUGCCAACCAGUCCCACACUACUCAAGGGGUUGCAAGCAAUUGGAGCACCCACUGGCGCGUCUCUUGAAAGUCUCCUUGAUCCUGGUAGUCCUCAGAAGCUAAUGUAUUCUCUACAUAUAGUUGAGUCACUCAGUAAAAACAAUCCUCCACCUACAAAAAGACAAAAGCUGGAGGAAGAGUCGGGAGGGGAAGUGUGGAGUGAGCGUUUUAUUAGAGCAGGUGGUUUGCGCCACUUGGUUAGCAUUUUCUCGUCAGGGGUGCUGCAAGGAGCCGGCGAGUGGCAGCAGGACUGCCUGGCGCAGCUGCUUAAACUGCUUUGUCUGCUUGGAGUUGCACCUGAAGGGCCACCUGGAACUCCAGACGGCCGAAAAGCAGCCAAACACAGACUCGUUGAUAGACUAGUUGUUCAUAGACUCAACAAGGACACCCUCGACCUUUUGCCGGUUGAGGAAACCAUGUCCCGACUGACAAGCAUCUUGCUGGAAGCGGCAGAACAAAGUAGUGGGGGUGGCGGCGGUGGAGGCGGCCUUUGGGGUCGUGCACAAGUGGUGCACUUUGCAAUGGCCUUGCUCGUUUCGUGGGUGCACUCGGCCCCAGCAGCCAAAACUGCACUGCUGGCCUCUCCAGACUUGCGAUCAUGGCUUCACAGACUGGUUUUGGACGAUCCAGAGGCCUGUGUGAGACGGGAGGUGUGUGCCGCCCUCUGUCGAAUGUGCCUCUGUCCAGAAGCAGAACUAGCCGCACCACUGCUCUCUCAUUUACUCCAUUUAUUGCCUGCUGCCCAAAGAAUCGCUCCACCGCCACAAGUAGACCCCCCAGAUGAGUCAAAGAACGCUUGGGAUUGGUCGCAGGAGGCUUUCGGAGCAUCUUCAAAGGACUACUUUUGGUUGUUGUGCCACUUGCUGGACAGUUUGACCGAAGCGGCUCAUGACGUAGAUUUAGAAGCCCUGGCGGCUACCGUGGCAAGUGCGUUAGAGUCUAGAGAGCAUUUAGAUGCAAGACGUCGUGAAGAUGAAGGACUCGUCGGACUCCUGAAUUUGGCCACAAAUAUCCUGAAGCAUGAUCCACCCUUUAAGACGUCGCCUGACGGUCUCUGUCUACUUGAUGCCACUUUUGACAUGCUCUUUGCCCUGCCAGAUCCUGCAAACAGACAUUUACCGAAGUGCAAAUCGAUUGGUGCUCGCAAUGCUGCUUACGAGCUUCUCCUAGAGCUGUGUCGUCGAUCUGUGAGCAACUUUGCUCGUCUGCACGCCAAGGUUUUGGCACAGCAGACCCGUUCGGGGGAAGCACUUGAGACUGCGUCCGAGGGCAUGCCAUGGGACUACUGGCCCCACGAGGAUGGCCGCGCUGACUGCGGCCUCGUUGGACUUGCCAACUUGGGCGCCACUUGUUAUAUGGCCGCAUGUGUGCAGCAUGUGUACAUGCUGCGAGAGGCCAGAGCGGCCGUCUUGAGUGCUAAGCCUGACGCGGCUGCCAAACAUGCGGCCGCUCUCGAGGAGCUGCAACGAAUGUUUGCUUACCUGCUUGAGUCGGAGCGCAAAGCCUACAACCCUCGAAGCUUUUGCCGCGUCUACCACAUGCACCACCAACCGCUCAACACGGCUGAGCAGAAGGAUAUGGCCGAGUUCUUCAUUGACCUUGUCUCGAAACUCGAAGAAAUGACCCCCCAGUUGAAACGUCUUGUUAAACGGCUCUUCUGCGGCGUCCUCUCAAACAACUUCGUUUCUCUUGACUGUGAACAUGUGAGUCGGAAUGUGGAGGAGUUUUAUACAGUGCGGUGCCAAGUGGCAGACAUGCGCAACCUUUACGAGAGUCUGGACGAGGUGACUGUGAAGGACACACUCGAGGGUGAUAACAUGUACACAUGUUCCCAAUGCGGCCGGAAAGUUCGUGCUGAGAAACGCGCCUGCUUCAAACGUCUGCCCAAGGUGCUUUGUUUCAACACAAUGCGUUACACUUUCAAUAUGCUGACCAUGCUGAAGGAAAAGGUCAACACGCACUUCUCCUUCCCUCUCAGACUGGACAUGUCUGGCUAUGUUGAGAAACAUCUCAUGCCACAGCAUCACCAAGACGAAAAAUUGAAGAAAGAGGGUGAUAUGGAAGAUGAGAAUGAUGAGGAAGAAGGCUACGAGUACCAACUCAUAGGGGUGACAGUACACACGGGCACAGCUGACGGUGGUCACUACUACUCGUUCAUUCGUGCGAGUGACAAAUGGUUCCUCUUCAAUGACGCCGAGGUGAAACCGUUUGACUCGAGCCAGUUGGCCACAGAGUGCUUUGGAGGCGAAAUGACUAGCAAGACUUACGAUUCGGUAACAGACAAGUUCCUAGACUUCAGUUUUGAGAAGACAAACAGCGCCUACAUGCUCUUUUACGAGCGUGUUGAUGGAAAGUCUGAUGCCACUGAAGACAAGUCCUUUGAUUUAAGUAAAGAUCUAGAAGAGUGGAUCUGGAAUGAUAAUAGGAACUUCCUGCGAGACAAAAACAUAUUCGAGCAUACCUACUUCAACUUCAUGUGGCAGAUGUGCAGCUAUGUGCCGCAGAGCUUGGCCGCUGGUGCGGUGGCCGAUGAGCAGCUUGCUCGCCUCACCACCUCCUUCUUCCUUGAAACGUUUGUUCACGCAAAGGAGAAGCCGAUGUUAGUGCAGUGGGUGGACUUAGUGAGCCGUCAGCUGAGCGCCUCUCGAGCUGCUGGCGAAUGGUUCCUUAGCCACAUGGCAGAUGACCCUCGCUGGCCGCUCGAACUUUUUGUCAAAUGUCCCAGCCAGAUGGUGCGCCAGACAUUCCAGCGGCUGUGCCUGCAGAUUGUUUCUAAACUGAGGCCUCAUCAUGUGUCCCUCUAUGCAAAGUGCACCGACCCGACUACUUCCUGUGUCACAAAAUUUGUCAACACCUUGCUUAAUUUGUUGGAUCCUUCAGCAAAAAUUCAUAUAAGGCACCUGACGGAGUACUUCUCCUUUCUGCAUGACUUCUGCAAACUCGGCGAGGAGGAGUGCCAGUUCCUGAUCUCAGUCAAUGCCAUUGCCAGCUUUGUCUUCUUUCUUGUCGGGCCACUAGAUGCAUCAGGUGAAAUGGUGAGUGUCAGUGAGGAGGAGGAUGAAGACGAACUGGUGGCCAUGCCCCCGGAUAAGUACAAACCAGCUUCUUUAGAGAAGAUGAUCACCCUUGUGGCCACCUUGGUGGAGAAGUCUCGCGGUGACGACCACCGCUUGCACCUUUCUCAAGUUGACCUAGCGGCCAUCACUGGAGGAAAAGGCUUUCCAUUUUUGUACCUGCAAACAAAGGACUCGAUUAACCUUACAGCAACCCGGAAUCUGAUCUUUGCCCUGACCCGUUACAACGAGCGUCUUGCUGCCCAGGUUGUGCAAAUGGUGUUUGCAGCCGUGGCCAAACAUUCAGAGGCGAGUGCUGAGAAGGCAGCUGGCUCAGAAGGAGCCAAGAGUUGGCAAGCGUGCCAACCUUUCUUCAAGCUGCUCACCUUGUUGACAGACCCUGGUGGAGGACCAGCAGGAGGUCCGGCAGGUCUCCCCUGUUUUUCGCAGCUGAUCGUAACACGCAUAUGGGAGGCAGCCGAGCUUUGUCCACAGAGCAGCCUUGAGUGGCUCACUGUGCAAGUGCCGCGGAAUAAACUGGCCGCUUCUUGGGUGCUUGACUCGUUGGACAAGUGGCUUGAGCCCUAUUUGCUUGCCCACAAUAACCAGCGUGUCCGAACAGCUGCUGCCAAUCUGCUAGUGGCAUUGGUUCCGAACGCCAACUUCAAGACGGUUUAUCGGCACCCGCGCAACGUACUAAGUGGCGGCCGCUGUGGAGGCAGCUCUGGAGGAGGUGCUGGUGGCGAGUUCUCAUCAAUGAGCCCCGAGGCAACACAGGUGCAACACAAAAUUUACGGUCUACUGCUGGGACUGCUGAAGCCAGCUCGGCAAUACAUCGAUGCUGCUGUACACGGCACAACCAAACUGAGCGCCUUUUUCGCCCUGCUCACCCACUUUGCCACGUCACGCACUGAGAAACUCAUGUUUGGGCCCUUCUUCUCGGAUCUGUGGCAUAUUUUCCAUCCGAGACUCUCUGAACCGGCCAUAUCGAUUAAUCACAAUAAGCAGACGCUGCUACUCUUCUGGCACCAUGUUCUCACCGACUGUCCCGAGAACAUUGCCCUCAUACUUAAUGACGCUGCUGUUGUCAAGAACAUUGCCUUCAAUUACAUCUUGGCUGAUCAUGAUGAUCAAGAGCUGUUGCUGUUCAACCGGCACAUGCUACCACCCUACUAUGGAAUUUUAAGACUGUGCUGCCAGCAAUCGCGAACGUUCACGCGCCACCUGGCCAAUCACCAGAACAUCCAGUGGGCCUUCAAGAACAUCACACCAUACCACAUACACUAUCCAGAUGCUGUUGACGAGCUGUUCAAGCUGAUGCAGCUAUUUGUGGCAAAGUUUCCUGACUCGACUGAACAGGAGCUGCAGGAAAUUGCUGCCUUCCGCAGAAGCACCAUAACUCUAUAUUUGCAGACAAUUGAAGGCCGCAGCAACUGGUCUACAUUGGUGGCAGCGUUACGAAUUCUACUGGACUCGGAUGAAGACCGACUCUUCCUUGCUCACCAGGGCGGCAUUGCCAACCUUCUUGAGGGUCUGGCUGCUGUGCACGUCAUGUACCACGAAGCGACUGCGUGUCACGUUGGCGGCGACCUAGUCGAGCUUCUAGGAGUGUUGGUAGAGACACUUCGGGCCGUCCGAGGAGCUCGCGAAACUGGCGAAGAAAUAACUCCUUGUGGCGUUCGGGAGGCUGGUGGUGAAGCGGCGCGUCGUCUUGCCACCCUUCUUAACACAUACAACCCUGCUGAGCUUCGCACUGCUGCCGUGGACGCCCUGACUGAGUUGCUGCUCCUCCAACCAGCGGAAACACUACACGUUUUGGUGCCCCUGCUGACGCAUUGCCACCUCGCUUAUCAGGAGGCAGGGAAUGCGUUGCCCCUGGGACCCUAUUUCCCCCGCAGAGGACACAAAGUGCCACCUACAUUCAAGAUCAACGUCCGACCCCAACGGCCCAUGGUCCAGAUGGUCGUCCCACACAUGCACCUCUCACUUUCAAAGGGCACUGACGAAGAUUUGGAACGAGCGUUGGUGGAGUUCUAUGAGCCGUACCACCGACUGAUUGACACAAUGGUGCGCGUGGCUCUGCGGUCGUCUCUGGCCAAUGAGCCGCUGGUCAACCUGAGCGCCAUCAUUGGUCUCGAAGGGCUCCCUUUGCAACUUGACCUUUUCCCGCGGCUCUGGAACGAGCUGCUCGCCGACAAGGGUCCAACAAUAGCCCCGAAUGAGAGGCGACGUCUAGUACAAAUGCUUGCUGAAAACGCCUUUCUUGUCAGUUACGUUGAGACGGUGCUGCUGGACGAGCGACUUGCCCUCAACAGACAACCUGUCUACGACUUUGUCGCUGCCUUCCUGCCAAAGGUGCAGCGGCAGGUGGUGAGUGAUCAGACGCGUGCGCUGAUUGGAAAGCUGGUGGACGAGCUGGUGAGCGUGGCCGCGACCCUGGACCUUCGCGCACAGUCAGGCGCCCUAAACGCCGACCUGCGCGCCCUGACCCUGGCGGCGCGCGUGGACGCUGCGCCGCCGGCGUCGCGCCUCACGCCAGCCGUGCAGCUGCUUGAGGAGCGGCUGGAGGCGGCAAACGAGGACGAGGAGCCGCUCCCGGUGGAGGCGGGCUCACUGCCCUCCGAGGCCAAGAAGUCGCGACUCGACAACGGACUGACCAACGGCGGCGGCGCGCAGGAGGACGCGUGGCCGGCGACGUUGCGUCGCACGCUGGCCGAGCUGCGCGCGGCGCUCGCCCCCUGUGAUAGUUCUGCCCCCUAGUCGCCCCCUACCCCCUGAAGAAAUUGAUUAAAAAUAGUUAAAAGAAGAAAAAGUUCGAGGAGAUAAAAAGUUUAAAGAACGACGAUUGAUGAUUUUGUGGCUGUGCUCGCUCAACUGCUCCAAUGAUGUGAGAAUUCUGCGAUGGGCGCCAUAGUCUUACCGACCAUUUCAGUUUUAAUUUUUUUUAUCAUUUCAACUUUUUUUAAACACGGAGGAAAAAUUAUUGAAAUGUUCUGGUGUCGGUCCAGACAAGUGCCCUCUCGCCAACUGAGAAAUUUGUAAGUUUAGGACAAUGCAAGUGUUCCUUCCUUUCACGGUGCAACCAAAGCCCCCUUACCCUCCCCAUCCCCCACAACUGUUGUCCCCCAAAGACGCAUCAAGGUGGACGAUGUACUAUGUGAAGUUAUGUGCCCCAAGUUCCCCCUCACUCAAACAAAGAUGCAUUUUUAAGCUUAAUAUGGAAAAUCAAAUCGAACUGAGUGAGAUGAGAUUCGCUCGUCUGUUUGUUCUUCACUUUGAAAUUUACGUGCGAGUCGAAUAAAACAGGUUCGACGCAUUUGUUCGCUGUUUUGUAAAAAAAAAAUAGUUGUGUUUGA